GUCUACGUAAAUAUAUUGAAUUUUCAUUUAUUUAUUUAAGUGAAAGUUAAGAAGUUUAUGUGGUUUUUAUAACGCGAAAUUGAAACACUUUUUAUUCUAAACACUCUAAUAAUACUGCCUGUUUCCUAUUUAUAAUUUUUCUUUGAUUUAAAAAGAAGUGUUAAUUAUUUAAGUAUUUUUUAAUAAAAAAUGGGAAGUAUUGACAAUAAUGAGUAUGACUCAGAAGAAAAUGAAGAAGUUACAUCUGCCAAAAGUUCAAAAGGACCUAGAUGCAGUAGAAUAUUAGAUUCUGAUGAUGAAGAUUGUUCAACAAUUAUUGAUGAAAGAGCAGUUGAAGAUAAAACAAAGGAUGAUAAGCCUUUAAAUGAAAAAAUGGUAGUUGACGAAUCUCCAUCUUCAGAUGAUGAACCUGAAAGUAAUUUAAAAAAAAAAAGUUUGAUAAAAAAACGCCAUAUAAGUGAUUCUGAAUCUGAUGCUGAUGUCGAGGAAGCUGCUAAUGAUAACUGUUCUGAUAAGAUUAAUGUUUGCGAAAUUAAUGAACCAAUCAAAAUAAAUGAAGAUCAUACUGAUGAGUCCGAUAAUACAUCCAAAAAGAAGUUUUUAGACAGUGACAUAUAUGAUGCUGAAGGAUCUUCUGAUGAAGACAAAUUGAAAAUUAGUGAUCAUGAAGUGGAAGAAAAUUUUGAUUGUUCUAAGAAGAAAAAGAAAGAAAAAAAGGAUAAAGCUAAGAGAAAUAAUUUACAAAGAAAAUCCAAACAAACAGCUAUAGAGGAAAUUCGAAGUGAAACUCAAAGACUCGUUCGUCAGUCUCGAAUUUCACUUCCUUACCAUCGUCCUAAGCAAAGAAGCCUAUCGGAAUUUUUAGAUAGAAGGAAAUCUUUGCCAGUUGUACCAUUAAAGACAUCAACUGAUGAACUCAGCAAAGUUUGGGAAAAAAUUGAAGAAAGAGAAAAAACAGCCGAAUCCUUUUACAAGUCUGAAAGUGAUACAAGUGAUGGUGAACCUUCUUCUGUUCCUUUAAUCAAACUAGCUGUUGAGAAAAUUAAUAACUUAACAAAUGAAAAUGACACUCUUAUGCAAGAAUCCUCUCUGGAGUUAUGUCUUCAUUAUACUGAAACAGAAUCACAAGAAAUUCAAGAUAAAAUGAGUCAGAAUAUUGAAAAAGAUUUAAAAAGUAAUUUUGUGAAUAAAGAAGAUCUAUUAUUAAAUCAUGAUAAUUCAGAGACAAGUCUUAAACAAAUCGACAUUACAGAAUCACAAAAAUCCUCUCCCACUGAAUUAGUUAUCAAAAAUAAGAGUGAAAAUAUAGUUCGUAAUAUUAGUGUGGCAAGUAAAGUAAAUCUCUCAGAUAAAGACAACGUUUUGGCUUUAUCGGUAGAAGAAAACUUCGAAUUUAAUUCACUUAUUCUAAAUAAGGUUUCUUCUGCUUCAUCUGAAACUUCAGUGAAAGAUGACUUUUCUGAACAAUCUAACUCUGCUGAUAACUUAAGUCUUCUCGAGCCUGAUGUUCAUUCUCGUAAGAAUGAAAAUCAUAAAACUCUAAACAAAAGUAAUAGAUUUAAAUCAGAUGUUAAGUUAAACAAAGUUCCUAGACUCAGUGGUCAACCAGAUGAAGUAAUAGAUUUAGAAAAAUCUCCUGAGAAACCGGGAGCUGUAAAACUUAUUUCACGGUUUAUGAAGCAUAUUACUUUGAAACCAAAAGUCAAAGUUCAAGAAGAUGUUGUUGUGGCUAUUAGCGAGGUGAAUGAAAACGGUGAAAUAGUCAACAUUAAGGAAGAAAAGUUAGAAAUAAAAAGAAAAGAAGAUAGUUUAAAAAUUAAAGUAGGCGACACAUCCAAACCUGGAGAAACCAGAAUGAAAUUAAAAGCAACCCUUCGAAAUAAAAUUGCUCAAAGUAGAGAACAACAGUUUGCAAAGCGUUUAGAAGAAUUUAAAUUAAAUGAAGAAGAAAUUUUUGGAGAAGAUGAAAAACUUGAUUAUGAGGAGGAAGCCGAAGAACUAACUGCUACAGAAUCUGAAAGUGAUUCUGAAAUUGAAGAUGAUGUUAUCAUAAAAGACGUAGUUAAAGAAAAGAAUCCUUUCGCUGAUGAAGAAGCUGAAGAAUCUGAAAAUGAUGAAGAAGUCAUUGAUAAAGAUGAAGGUUCUGAUGCUGAUGAAUACUCUGAUGCUCCAAGUGUUGAUCUAGCAUCUCUAGUUGACAAAGAUGAGGUACUUCCUGUUUUAGAAGCUGAUCUGGUGGGCGAUGGCUCACAAAGAAACAAUGACUUGAUGGCUUUGUGUUCUGGUGGUUUUACAUCGCAACCUUUUAAUUUGAAUGAUCUUGAAAAAAAUGAUUUGUCUUUUACCCAACUUCAUACUAAUGCAAAAGAUGAGGAUACAUCUUUCUCUCAUGCAAGAAUUAAUGGAGAACAGACCUCUCCUCUAAAUGAUAUUGAUAAAAAUACAAAUGAUAAAAUAGCUAGCGAUGAAGAAGAAUCUGAUGAAGAAAUAACAAUAAAAAAGAAGAAGAAAUCGAAGCUAACAUUUUCAGAUGAUGAAGAUGAUGCUGAUGGUGAGAAUGACGAUGAUGAGGAUGAAAAUCCUGCAUCUCCUGAUGAAUCUGAAAAUAGUGAGCAAGAAGAUAUCGCAAAUAUUGACAUUGAUAAUGAAGAAAUAGUAUUAUCUGGUGAAGAUGAAGAAGAUGCUGUAGAAUUUGUAGAGGAUGAGGAGGAAGCUGAUUAUACAAAGGUUACUAAGAAAGCCGCUAAGCGCUUCCUAGAAGCAGAAGCAGAAUUGUCUGGCUCUGAGUGGGGGAGUGCUGAUGAAGACGAAUUAGAAUUAGAUGUCAUGGAGAGAGAAGAGGGUGAUGAAGAUGUUAUAAACCAGCGCAAAGUGAGAUCAGAAUUGGAAAAAAUUCAUAUGAAGGAGUUAAUAGAUGAAGAUAAAAGAGAAAUUAGAGCAUUGCAAGAACUCUUUCUUGAAGAUGGUGAACUACACUCAGAUGGUCCAAAAAGGCAGCGACAGUUCCGAUGGUAUAAUCAAGAUGGAGAUAAUGAAAAUGGUUCUUUUUUGACAAAUAUUGAUGGUGAAUUCAGAGACAAUGGGGAAGAGGAUGAAGAAGACGAAUCUUGGAGAAAAACAAGGCUUGAACGUGAAAAUUUUUUACGCAACCUAAAAAACGAUGAUAACGAGAUAUCAGAUGAGAAUGUAAAAUUCCUCAAAUUCGCUAAGAAAACAGUUCCCAAACCACUGCCUAAACCUCCUCAGACCAAAUUUACAUCACCAGAUCCUAGGAAGCAGUUUUCUCUUGUAUCCAGGAGAGGUUCUUUCUUAAGUAGAGGUGAGAAACUGUUAUCAAAAUUAGCUGAAAUUACGAAUGUAUCAAGUGAGAAUCCUAUAGGAAAUGUCCGUGGGCAGAGAAAUAUGGUAUUUGCUGUUGUUUCACCUCCGAAAGAAGAACCAAAAGAAAUGCCUUUGAAGAGAAAAAGUAGUUCCAGUUAUCCUGUGGGUCCUACUAAAAAAUUGAAAUUUUCUCCUCCACCUAACAGGCCUGGUAGUAGUUUAUUCGAGAAACUAAAGAUGGUCGAUUAAAAAAAUUGUCUAAUACUAAUGACCAAAGCAUCUGAUAUCUAGUCCAAAUGAGUAGUAAUUUCUAUAAAAUUUAGAGUUUCUGUAUUUAGAUUAAAUUUUAGUUUAGCUUAUUAUAUAUUAUGUCUUCAAUGAUGGGAACAUAAAGAUUAAGUCCACAACCAGGCAGGCAUUCUUUAAUGUUUAUGACAGAACUUAAACAUGACUUUUCUUAUCAAACUAGCAAGUUUUCACUGUAAGUAUUAUUAUGAUCAACUUUAGAAGGCAUUUUCAA